AAAACGCUAACUAAAGGCCCAAUAAACAUUAGAUGGGCCUAACAAAGCAUCCAGGGAGUAAUAAUAACGUUUUCGAUUACCCCGCGAUAAAAAUCUCUUAUCUCAGAGAAGCCUUCGGCGACGAGAAGAUCUGCAGGUUUUACCUGAAACAAUGGCGACCGCGAUCGUCGGAGGAGGCGGUUCCUUAUCGGAUGUAUACAUCAGUGCGCAAAGGAUUCUACUCAGAGCUCGCGACGGAAUCGAGAGGUUGGAGAGGUUCGAGUCCGCUUCUCUUGUGGAUUCUUCUGAUCUAACCUCCUCCGUGAAACGUGACGUCACGGAGCUUAAAUCUCUCUGCUCCAACAUGGAUUCUCUCUGGCGAUCAAUCUCUGUUAGAUCAGAACGCGAUCUCGGGAGAAGAAAGACUGAAAAAGUGGGAGAAGAGGCUGAGUCUCUGAACCAGAGUCUUGAAAAGUACACGUGGAGGAAUCAGAGAAAGAUGCUGGAAGCUAAAGAGAAGGCAGAGUUGUUAAACAGAGGGAGUGGAGAAGGAGCACACAUAUUGCAGAUAUUUGAUGACGAGGCUCAAGCAAUGAACUCUGUGAAGAAUUCAAAGAGAUUGCUUGAAGAUUCGUUUGCAAGUGGAGUCGCUAUCCUUUCCAAAUACGCUGAACAGAGAGAUCGUUUGAAGAGGGCACAGCGUAAGGCUUUGGAUGUUCUGAACACAGUAGGACUCUCCAACUCUGUACUCAGGCUUAUUGAGAGGCGUAAUCGUGUUGAUACUUGGAUCAAAUACGUCGGUAUGAUCGUAACGAUUGUUAUAUUGUAUCUGUUCAUAAAAUGGACACGUUAAAACACCUCUUUAGUUAGAACAGAAUGAAUGUAGAGAGUAGAGGUAUAUGACUUGAUCUUACUUCUUGUGUUCUGUUUAUGACUCUUACAACACAUUUCCAGCAUCUUACAUAGAGGAACAAAGUUUGAGAUUCUCG